AUGAAGCGGGAGGCAGUACAGCUGCUCAACAAGAUCAUAGAGCAGGAGCCGGGGGAGGGCAAGUGGCGCGAGAUGCGCGGGCAGGCGCUGGUGGACGGCAAAAACUUUAGGGCCGCCAUUCUUGAUUUCGAGUUUGCGCUAGAGCAGCUGCCACCAGAAGCGGCAGUUGACCGGGCACGCUUGCUAGCAGGCCGGGGGCUGGCAUAUGAGGGCCUGGGAGACUGGGUGGCAGCACUGGGUGACUAUGACCAAGCGCUGUCCCAGGCGCAAUCAGGGGAGUGGAGCCGGGCCCGCGACAACUAUCUGGAGAGCGCAGAUGGCUUCCAGCGGGCCACAGGCUUCCGCUACGGGCGCAGCAACACGCCACGGCUGGAUGGCGCCGUGUUCUCCAGCAGCAACGCGGCGCUGAUGCUGGUGCAGAUGGGCGACGAGGCGGGGGCCAUGAAGGAGAUGCAGGAUGUUGCCAGGCGCGCCCCCGGCAGCGUGGACAUGCGAGCGGCGCUGGCGGCGCUGUACUGGCGGCAGGGCCGGGAGGCGGCGGCAGAGGCGGAGUGGGAGUUUGCAUGCACCCGCAUCACCGUCGGCUGCAGCCGGUACCAAGACCCAGACUGGGUCUUUCGCAUCAGGCGCUGGCCCCCCGUGAUGUGUGCAUACCUGGAGGACUUUCUGGCACUGCGCAGCACCAAUGGCAGCAGCACCAUCAAUGCCCCGGCAUCCUUCAGAGAGUGA